CAAGUCCAUCUGUUGUCCCACGGAACGGAUAAGGGGACUGAGGUGAAAAGGGAGGGGAAGUUCAAGAAGGGCCAGAAUAAGAACGCAGAGUCUAUGCGCGUCGGGAGCUGCGCGCUUUUGGCAUUUCUGCUCGAUCUCUGGAAGCGCGCGGAGCCGUCGCGGCGUCGUCUAGCUUCAUUUUGCGCUAGGGAAGGGCUUGAAGCACGUUUUGCACACUCGCCAAAAGUCCGAAGGGUGUUAUUGUUUACUCGAUGUACUUACGCAUACACGCAAAUUGGUCCCCUUUACUCAUUUCCGUGUGAAUAGAUGAUCCCAAUGAUCUUAAAAUGCUGAUCGUGUUGAUCUCGAUCGCAUUUUUACCAUCAGGUAUUUUUGGAUUCGGAAAAACGGUUACGGUAGGUGGAUUAUUCGAAGAUGACGAUUUAACGGCAACUGCGUUUAGGCUGUCCGCCAAUGUUUUGAACAACGAGAGACACGGAAAUUCCAAAUUUUCCGAGCAGUUUAUUUACGCCCAGAUGAUCACCGUAAAUAAUGAUACGUACGACGUUUCGCAGGCUGUCUGCGAGCUUGCGAACAACGGAGUGGCUGCAAUUUUUGGUCCUCGUGACAAGAUCGCAGCAAAACACGUGCAAAGCAUGUGCGACACGAUGGAAAUUCCUCACAUCGUAGCGAGAUGGGACCCUCGACAAACGCGGGGAAACGGUCUGCUCAACAUGUAUCCAUAUUCGCAAACUUUGUCGAGGAUAUACCUCCAACUUGCUCAGGAUUUUGAAUGGAAGACAUUCACCAUACUCUACGAAAGUACCGAGAAUCUAAUUCGGAUGCACGAAGUUCUGAAGAGAUGGGAUCGCAGGGGACACACGGUCACUGUCAGGCAGCUACCCAAAGGACCGAAUUACAGGAAAGUUCUGGAACAGAUCAAAAAGUCCGGAGACCCGAAUGUAGUGGUGGAUUGCUCGAUUGACGUACUGCCGGAUGUUUUGAAGCAGGCUCAACAAGUUGGCUUGAUGUCGGACAGGCACAGCUUCAUAAUCGCGUCGUUGGACCUUUCCACCAUUGACCUCGAGCCCUACCAACAUGGUGGAACAAAGUUCGUCGGUUUACGUCUGGUAGACCCCGACGAUCCCGUGGUCAUCGAUACCUUUGAGAAACACGCAUCGGAAUGGGGUGUGGAAGGUCCAUCCCAGAUUACCGCAGAGGCGGCCCUAAUUUACGACAGUGUCCAAGUUUUUGGAAGAGCCCUGAAACAGCUUGACGAUGCCAUUGUGGCUGACACGAAAACUUCCCUGUGUCAAAACGUCGAUAGCUGGGAGCACGGAUCCAGUUUGAUGAACAUCAUGAGAUCGAUCGAGUCGACAGGAAUGACUGGGCUGAUAAAGUUCGACUCGUCCGGCUACCGGAGCAACUUCAAACUGGACUUGGUACGCCUGGACCUGGACGGACUGCACAAGAUCGGGACGUGGAACACGACAUGUGGGAUUAAUUACAUCCCGAAACCAUCGCUGACCGAUCACACGGUCGAACUGAAUCUCCGUAACAAAACGUUUAUCAUUCUCAUAGCGAUGACGCCACCCUACGGAAUGCUGAAGGAAUCAGCGAAGGAGGAAACUGGAAACGACAGGUACGAGGGUUUCGGUAUCGACAUCAUCCAGGAGCUUUCAAAACUUCUGGGUUUCAACUAUACAUUCGAGGUUCAAGCUGACGAUGUUUACGGCUCGAAGCAUCCCGUAACCAAAAAGUGGAAUGGCAUGAUAAAGAAGAUCAUGGAAGACCGGGCUGACCUAGCCAUUACUGAUUUCACAAUCACGGCCGAGCGCCAAGAGGCCGUGGACUUCACCAUGCCUUUCAUGAAUCUGGGGAUCAGCGUUCUAUUCAGGAAACCGAAGCCGGCCGGAUCCAGUCUCUUCGCUUUCCUGAUGCCCUUCUCGAAGGAGGUCUGGAUGUACCUGAUGGGUACCUACCUCGUCGUCUCCCUGUGUUUCUUCAUCGCCGCUCGCCUCUGUCCCGCCGAAUGGAGCAACCCGUAUCCCUGCAUCGAGGAACCUGAGGAACUGGAGAACCAAUUCACUUUCAAGAACGCCUUCUGGUUCACCAUUGGCUCUAUCAUGCAGCAAGGAUCCGAUGUAGCUCCCAUAGGUCUUUCAACCCGCAUGAUGGGCGGUUUUUGGGGGUUAUUUAUCAUGAUCAUCGUCUCCUCGUACAUUGCAAACUUGGCGGUAUUCUUGGUCGUUGAAUCAAAGCCAGUGCUGAUCAAAACCGCCGAAGAUUUGUUCAACAAUCCACACGGCAUUAAAUACGGAGCAAAAGGGAGCGGCUCCACAAUCGAUUUCUUCAAGGCCUCGACACAUCCCGUCUUGAAAGAAAUGAAGGAGUACAUGGUAAAGAACAAGAAGGAACUACUGCCAUCAUCGAAUAAUGAAGGAGUGCGUAAGGUCAUGCAGGAGAAUUACGCCUUCUUCAUGGAGUCGUCGACGAUUAAGUACGAAGCGGAAAGGAAGUGCAACAUUACCCAAGUUGGAGGCCUACUCGACGCAAAAGGCUACGGUAUCGCCAUGAAGAAGCAUUCGCCUUACCGGAACGCUCUCAGUACCGGCAUAUUGAAACUCCAGGAAACGGGGGUCCUUAAGGAAUUGGAGAAUAAAUGGUGGAAGCAGAAAAGAGGGGGCGGCGCGUGCGAGGAAAAGAAGGGCGGAACCUCAGACGCGAAGCCCUUGGGUGUGGACAACGUUGGAGGCGUUUUCCUCGUCCUGAUAACCGGCAUUGCUUUGUCCGGCGUCUAUACGGCCUGCGAACUGCUUUGGGCGGUUGGCUGCACAUCGAUAAAAGAGAACGUUUCAUUCGUGGAUGAGAUGAAGGAGGAGCUGAAGUUCGCGGUGAAGUUUGGCGCCUCGAGUAAGCCGGUCAGACGAAGGAAGCCAAGUUCACGUUCCAAUCGGAGCAAGGAAGAUGACAUCAAUGGAGCAAGCACUCCACCCUGCGGCUUGGGGUCGACGAUUAUCACCGUUGCAUCGGAAGACGAUCGACUCCACCUUUGAUGAUAACGGAAGAGGUACGAUGCGGAUCAAUUUCGGAAUUGCCACGAUAACUGCUGUACGAUUGCACCACUGAAUAUCGUGUGAGACGUGAUCUCUAGAUUCAGGAAUGCAAUAUCGUCAGCCUGGUACACCAUCAAUAUUUCAUCUUGAAAGUGUUCUACUCAAUACAGCUGUUUCGCCAUUCGACGAAUUACGAACGCUGAAUAGAGUGUAAAAUGAAUAGUUUUAAGGCACGCAUUUGCGGUACAAUAUCAAGCAGGUCGAUUUUAAUUCUUCAAGAUACGUACUUAAUUAUAGUUUACUGACAAUUUAUUCGCUCAUAACUAUGCAUAGGCUUAGUAUAAUAUUAUGCCGUUGGGACAUGCGUGAAAUAAACGUUUUCCAGCCAGCGGGUAAUUUCACGUUGUACGCAAAGUUGCGUCGAGCGGACGGAUGCUCGAUUUGUUCAGCACCGUAUAGCAGGUGACGUGAAAAUAUCAAAGUGCAACAACAAGUGUCCGAUUGAAUUGAUCUUUGAUUUCUUGACACGCUUUUCGAAUACUUUGCAAACUUCACGAAGUUUAUCAACGAGCAAAUAUGCGAUACGCACAAUCGCAAGCACAUUAUGUCCGAGGGGUAAUAAAAUGUGAAGACCAGG